AUGGUUAACACACAGAUGGGAGUACCCGUUCUUGACUACCAUCAUGCUGUUGUAAUAACUCAAUCCCGGUGUGUAAUUGAUGUUUCGUAUACUGACGUAGGCUUCGUGCUGACUUUUGUUGGACCCCAGCUGUUUGGUGUCAACUAUGGCGAGCAACUUAGCAACCUAGACACAGUACGGCAAAGCUCAAGGCGCCCUCUGACAUUGACCGAGAAGCUGCUGUACAGCCACUUGAUCCCGAGCGAUGACAAAGUAUGGUCAUUGCAGGAAAUCGACCGGGGGAAGACGAUCUUGGAAUUGCGACCGGACCGCGUUGCCUGUCAUGAUGCUACCGCGACCAUGGCCCUCCUACAGUUUAUCAGUGCGGGCCUACCGCGAGUCGCAGUCCCAACGACGGUCCAUGGUGACCACCUCAUAGUUUCAGAGAAGGGAGCAGAGCCAGACAUGAAGCGUGCGCUUACAGAACAUGCCGAGGUCUAUGAAUUCCUGAGCAGCGCCUCUAGAAAGUAUGGAAUCGGGUUUUGGAAGCCCGGUUCAGGGAUUAUCCAUACAGUGAUUUUUGAAAACCACGCCGUUCCUGGCGGCCUGAUCAUCGGUACGGAUUCUCACACGCCGAAUGCUGGUGGCUUGGCUAUGAUGGGUAUUGGCGUUGGCGGUUCGGACGCAGUUGAUGCAAUGUCAGGAAUGCCAUGGGAAUUAGUCACGCCUCAGAUAGUCGGGGUGCGCCUGACAGGCCAACUAUCCGGAUGGGCAUCCACAAAGGACAUCAUCUGCAAGCUCGCCGGCAUCCUGACAGUUUCUGGAGGCAAGGGUCGCGUCAUUGAGUUUUUCGGUCCCGGCACGGAAACUCUGGGGGCCACGGCCAUGGCGACGAUCUGUAACAUGUCUGCAGAGAUUGGCUCGACUUCCUGUAUAUUCCCCUACACCACCGCGAUGGGGCGGUACCUUACAGCGACGAGGCGGGCGCAUGUAGCUCAGGCGGCACAGGGGGUACAACAGGCAUUGCUGCAAGCCGAUGAAGGAUCAGAUAAAUACUAUGACCAAGUUAUUGAGAUUGACCUCAGCACGCUUGAACCACACGUCAAUGGGCCGUACACACCCGAUCUUGCCCACCCCAUAUCCGAGUUAGGGAAAGCAGUCUCCCAGAGUGAAUGGCCUAUUAACCUCAGUCAUGCGAUGGUAGGAAGCUGUACCAACAGCUCCUAUGAAGAUCUUGACAAGACGCGUCAGCUCGUCGCGCAAGCACGUGACGCUGGGUUGCCCCGAUUCAAAACACCCUUCCUUGUCGCACCUGGCAGCGAGCAAAUACGCGCCACGGCUGAAGAAGACGGUAUACUCAAAGAAUUGCAAGAAGCCGGUGCUGUUGUGCUGAGCAGCUCUUGUGGGCCAUGCGUUGGUUCGUGGGAUCGCAAGGAUGUUGAUGUACGUGGCAAGGAAAAGAACUCGGUCGUAUCUAGCUUCAACCGGAAUUUCGUGGGCCGACAUGAUAGCAACCCAGCGACUCACUCAUUUGUUACAUCUCCUGAGUUGGUUACCGCGUUUGCUUACGCUGGUCGCCUUGACUUCAACCCGUUAACGGAUAGUAUUCCUGUGGAGUCUGUUGAGGGAGGGAAGUCCUUUCUAUUCAAAGCCCCUGUGAGCCGGGAGCUUCCAGCGCAUUUCGCUACUGGUGAAGAUACUUUUCAGGAGCCCCCAAGCGACGGUUCAUCAUUGUCUGUAAUUAUCGAUCCGCAGUCCGACCGCCUGCAACUCUUAACCCCGUUUGCACCAUGGCAGUCCGGGUGUGCCACUAACAUGGAACUGCUCAUGAAAGUCAAGGGCAAGUGCACCACGGAUCACAUCUCUCCGGCAGGCCCAUGGUAUAAAUACCGGGGUCACCUAGAGAACAUUAGCAACAACAUGCUCACCACCGCAAGAAAUGCAUUCCUCCCUGGCAAUGAUCCGCAGAUGCUCGGCCACACUCGCAACCCCAUUACCUCAGGCGUCGAGGUUGUUCCUCAGGUGGCCCGUGACCUCCAAGGGCGCGGCAUCCGGUGGUGCAUCAUCGGCGACUUCAACUACGGUGAAGGAAGCUCACGUGAACACGCUGCCUUGGAACCUCGUUAUCUCGGAGGGGUGGCCGUCAUUGCUCGCUCCUUUGCGCGGAUACACGAAACUAACCUGAAGAAGCAAGGGAUGCUACCUCUUACAUUUGAUGAUCCUUUAGACUAUGAUCGGAUCCUGGAAGGCGAUCGCAUUACAUUGACUGGAGUCGAGGAUGGUGAAUUGGCUCCCGGUCGACAGGUUACCAUGCGUGUCACUCCUCGGCAGGGAGCAUCUUGGACCGCGCAGUUGAACCACAGCUAUCAUGCCGGUCAGUUGCACUGGCUGCGUGCUGGCAGUGCGUUGAACCACAUCAAGAAUACUGCCCUCGCGAAGUAG